GUAGGGAGGUGGAAACAGGACUCUGGCUACUUAUAAAGGGCCUGACUCUUGUUCUGGGCUAUCAUCAGAGACAGAUCUGGCACUUCAGUUCUUCCUGCCAGCAUGGGUACCAGGACCCUCCCCAGUCUUACCUUCUUGCUGCUCCUGGUGGUGGUCUCAGCAGCACAGGCUGCCAGGCCCCGAUUUCGACGAGAAGACAGUCCCAGCCUGUUGAGCAAGUUUCAGAGCCAUGUCGUUGGCUACUGGGAAAUUGCCAAAGCCAAGGCCCAUGAACUCUAUGAGAAAGUCCAGAUACCUAGAGUGGACCAGAACCUCAGGCACGUCUAUGACAAAGGCACAGAGGCCAUGACCACAUACACUGGGAUUCUUACAGACCAGAUCUUUCACAUGCUGAAGGGGGAAGAGUGAUGAGCCAGCGAAUGCUGGGUCCCCCUUAUCUCCUCCAUCUUUCCCCCAACCCAGGCAGGUCCGGCCUGAGCCAUUACUCCCAGACCCCCUCCCCCUAAUAAAGCUGUCUAUAAAA